CGGAGGAGGAAGCGUGGCUGCCUGAGCUCUGCCUCCUGCCCUGGUGUAUUUAACCCCGGGAGUCAUGCCCGGAGCUGCAUCUCUGCUCCGGCCACGGAGGAGGACAGGCGUGGGGACCAUGAGCUGCACCAGGUACCCGGUGGACGUGAAGGCUGUAGGCUUGAUGCAAUGCAGAAAGCAGAAGAACUACAUGAUGUUUGUGUCUUGGUCAGAUCAGAACAACAUCCUCAUCUACCGGACAUUUGAAGACUUUAAGAGACUACACAAAGAGCUGAAGAAGAAAUUCCCCAUCGAGAGCGGCUCCCUCAGCAGAUCCAGCCGGACAAUACCCAGAUUUAAAGAUGCAAAUGCAAAGCAGAGGAGGAGCGGGAAGCUGAGCAGGUGCCUGGAGGUACUGAAACUGCUGGAAAUUUACUCCCAGCAACUGCUGAAAACCGACGCUAAAAUCUCCAAGGGUGAAGAUGUGAUUCAGUUUUUCAAGGCGCAGACCCAAGACCUAGACCCUUGCUUUCCUGAAGACAGUGUUGUGAUCAUGCCAUCAGAGAUUGGAGGGGAGAAGAAAAAGCAGGGAGGGCAGCAGCUCCCCUCUAUUACGCACCCCCAGACAUCCCAGAGCUACCGAUGCAUAGAAACCUUUGAAACCAAAGACACGAAGAACAAGACCUUCCAAGUCGCCAAGAAGGAAAUUGUGGAGGUGUUAAUCAAGGACAUGACGGGGUGGUGGCUGGUGGAAAACUCAGACAAGCAGAUAGCCUGGUUCCCAGCCUCAUACCUGGAAGAGAUUGACAUCCACAAGGACAUCCAGAAGGCCUUGAGCUCAAAGGAGGAGGGCAGCCUGUACUUUGUUGUGCGGACCUACGAAGCUCAGAAGGCAGACGAGCUCUCGCUGAACAACGGUGUCAUCGUGGAGGUGGUCAGGAAAUCCGACAAUGGCUGGUGGUUUGUCCGAUACAAUGGCUGCACCGGCUACAUACCCUCCAUUUGCCUCCAGCCCUACAAGAACCCUCACCACAAGCUCCAGACCAUCAUGAGCUGCGGACUCAACAUCUCCACCCCCAACCUCUGCUCCUCGCUGGUGGCUUCCCAGCCCCGGGAUGAGGCUACGGGACAGUGUGAGGUGCAGCCCUGCUCUUCCCUGGACCAGGUGGAAAAGGACACAAACUCUUCGAGAAGCAGAUCAAGGUCUCUGCCCAGGGUCAGCUCCACCUCAGACCUGGACUCAGACAGCUUGUCCCUCAGCUCUGGCAGCGGCAGCGAGCAGGACGGCCGGCUGAGCUGGAAGCCUGACUUGUCGAGAUCUCUGCCUGAGGUGGAGCAGGCCAAGAGCUCUCCCCUGGCACCCACCUUGGCCACACACAGCACCAAGUCUCCUCGCCUCACCCAGAAGGACAGGAACGACUCUGGCUUUGUGGAGUCAUCCACAGCUGACCUGAGCUCCUCCUUCACUGAUCCAGACUCAGCUGCUUGUGUCCCCAAGGUGCCUGUGCGGCCCUCAGCCCAUGAGAUCCUCCAGAAGUGCAGCACCAUCACGAAGCGAGCCGUGCAGCAGUCGGUGCCCCGGCCGGCCCUGCAGGCUCUGCUCCCUCUCCCAAGCGUGCACUAACGCCCCAGCGGGGCUCAGACCCAGCCCUGCGCUGGCACCUCGGCCAAGAGUCAGGCACCUCCUCGCCCACGUCCUGCGGGAGCCACGGGCAGCGUUGGGGCUUGGGACCGUCGCUUUCCAAGGACACGGCUCGAUCCAGACAGAACCCAGACACUGCCUCGCUGGGUAACGCUGCUGCGUGAGUCACGGCAGCUCCUACAUUAGAGGUCACUUGGAUUCAGUUAAUUCUCCCUCAGGCAGGGAUCCAUCCUGCAGGGCAGCAUGAGAGAAUUCCAGCGUUAUUCCGGGGCGCACUGGCAGAGUGGGAAACUCAGACAGAUCCAGCGAGUCAGACACAAAAUCCAUCCUGUGUUGGUGCUGCCAGGUGAACAGCAUUUAUCUGAACACCUCUUUUAUAUAUGUUUUUUAAACUCUGACUUUCGGUGUUUGUUGGGGGUGCUUUGGGUUUUUUUCUCAAGGUUUUUAAGUGGAGAACCGGCCCUCCAACAUGUGCAUUGGCUGGGAGUGCUGCAGGCUGUGGGAACAAACAGACCUGGUGGUGAGGCUGCUCAUCUCCAGCUGCUCCUGCAGUGAUUGAUGCCUGCGCGGGCGCAGACACAGGAAUGGUUGCAGUGCAGCUCAAUUCCCAGCAGGGUCAAGGCCCCAAGCUCGUGUGUGUGUGAACAGAACAUUCCCUUUCCAGUGAGGGGUGACAGUUACUGAAACUUAAUUGCUAGAAUUGAGUUAGAAGUAUAGUUACAGGAAAACUUUAGCCUUUUACAGAGAUUCUUCCCUUUGAUGUUAGUUAUU